CUUAUCAUUUCAUUUCUCUUUCUUAAGCUCUCUCCUCCAUCAUCCAUGGGUGCAACCUCUAUUACUUCCUCUCCAAAUACUGCAUUGGAUGAGGCCCACUUGUUUGAAUUCGUGGUCAAGGAUGGUAAUGGAGUCAAGGGUCUCGCCGACUCUGGCUUAUCCUCUGUUCCCCAACGUUACGUGCAACCUCCCCAAGAACGAAUCGAUAGGAAUGAUGUGAUCGAUGGAUCACCAUACCUAGGCAAGCCGAUUGACUUGUCAGGAUUGUAUGGGGAGAAGAAGGAUGAAACCAUUGAUGCUCUAUGUGGAGCAGCCCAAAGGCUUGGGUUCUUCCAAGUGGUGAACCAUGGAGUGGGACCAGAAGUGCUUGCACGUGCUAAGCAAGCUGCGCAUGCUUUCUUUGACCAAGCACCGGAGAGGAAAGCCAUUUACUUGAAAGGUGUGUCACCAUGCCGUAGGGUAGUCUAUGGGACGAGCUUUUCACCGGAGAAAGAAGAGUCAUUAGAGUGGAAGGAUUACUUGAGUAUGGUCUAUGUGAACGAUGAUGAGGCCAUGCAAUUUUGGCCACAGGAGUGCCGAGAUGCGGCCCUUGAAUACCUGAAGGCGGCCAACAAGAUGAGCCAUGAAAUUCUAAGCACCCUACUGAAGGGGCUUGGCGUAGACAUCGACAAGUCGGCCUUAAAUGGCUGCAUGGAAAGUAAGGUUGUGAACAUGAACUACUACCCACCGUGCCCGAGUCCUGAACUUACAAUUGGUGUUGGGAGGCAUUCCGAUUUGGCAGCCCUGACUGUCCUCUUACAAGAUGAUAUCGGAGGCCUCUUUGUUAAGGUGGAAAACAAGGGAUGGAUAGAGAUCCCACCGGUUGAAGGUGCACUUGUCAUCAAUGUGGGCGACACUUUGGAGAUAUUGAGCAAUGGAAGAUACAAGAGCGCGGAGCACCGGGUGAUGGCGAGCAGCACAAAGCCCCGAGUGUCAGUCCCAUUAUUUGUGACCCCACGGCCACACACCAUGAUCGGACCGCUGCCAGGGCUCCCAGAGAAGGAUGGAAAGGCUCUGUAUAGGCAGGUCGCGUAUGGAGAAUGCAUUGCUAAUUACUUCGGAGCAGGUCACCAAGGCAAAAAGACUCUGGACUUCGCCAAAUGCAGCUAAUUAAUGAAAAUCAGUUGAUACAUACCCAUGCAUAUAUACGAAUAAAUAAUGAGGUGAAGCUGCUCUUCACCAUUUCGGAAAGUAGGGCCACUGAGUUUCAUUAACCUCCACUUAUUUCUUCUUCUUCGUCUUUUUAAGUACGCAUACAAUGCUCAUGAAAUAAUAUUAAGAGUCCGAGUGCCGAGUUCUGCGUUUA